AUGUGUCGAAGACCAAAUGACGGUCGAACAUGCGUUUUGGGUGGAAAGAUCUUCGAUAACAGAGUAGUGCCGUACAACCAAUAUUUAGCUCUUCGCUACAGCGGUCAUUUGAAUGUAGAAAUCUGUGGGAUGAUUCAAGCUGUUAAAUAUAUGUACAAAUACGUCUACAAAGGACCUGACCGAGCAACACUCCGCAUGAUUCGGAACCAGAACGGUUUCGAUAAGAGAGUGGUUGACGAGAUCGACGAGUUCGUGACCGCUCUAUACGUGUGCGCACCAGAAGCUGUAUAUAUACUCCUUGAGUUUGAUCGUCAAUGA